AUUGUAGAUUUUUAAAACAAAUUAAAUAAACAUGUAAUAUAUUUGAAUUUCUUUGAUCAAAAAACUAUUAAUCAAAUAACUAUUGCACAAUAACAAGUGAUAAAGAUUAUAACGAUAAAAUCAAAUUAAUCAGAUAUGCUUAUUUAUUCAAAAAUACCAAGAAUAUACUAUUGAAUCGAAACAAUGGCAUGUGAAAAUGAAUAUGAAGAAAAUUUUGAAAAUCUUCGGAAACUGUUUAGUGUUAAAAAUAUUGUAUCGUUUAAAAUAAAUCGCGUAAAAUGUUCAGCAGGAAGCAGUUCCGGUGAUAAUUACAUGAGUGUUGUAAAACGUUUGCAAAUACAAGGAUAUUCCGAUUGUGACGACCAAAACGAUAAAGAUGAAUACAUACUGUCCCUCAUUAUAAAACGACAAAUUCCAAGUUUAUCAAGACGACAACUUUACCGAUGUGAUGAAGCGUUUUGUAAUGAAAUCAAUGCAUACAAUCAUAUUGUUCCGCUAUUGGAGCAAUAUAUGACUGACACAAUAUUUCCAAAAUGUUAUUAUGCUGGUCACGAUGAUAUGGGCGAAAUAAUUGUUUUGGAAGAUCUAAAAGAAAUUGGUUAUCGAAUGCAAAAUCGUUUAACAGGUUUAGAACUAAACUGUUGCGAAUUGGUGAUGAAGCAACUGGCAAAACUCCAUGCCGCCUCAAUAGCAGCAAAGCAAUUAGACAAUAAAAUGUUUCGAGAUAAAUGCAAACAAAUUAAUGAAAUAGUCUAUUGCCAGGAGGCGGAAGAAUUUUACAAAAACAUACUGGACACUUCAAUACAGGAAUCUCUCAACAGUUUGCGAGCUUCAAAUGUUGAUGAUUGCCUGACUGAACCAAUACGUUUGAUAGAAAAACUUCAGUACAAAUUAUUUAGCCAAAUACAAAACUGUAUAACGAAUUCAAGUGAUCAUAUGAAUGUAAUGUGUCAUGGUGAUCUUUGGGUCAAUAACAUUAUGUUUACUACGUCAUUUGCAAAUAUAACUACAGCAGCAACGAAAAUCGAUACUACAUCCCAUGAAUCAAAUCAUCUCUACUGCUCGCCAUGUAGUGUUAAAUUCUUUGAUUUACAAGCAAUGCGUUAUACUUCACCCGUAUUUGAUAUACUUCACUUUAUUUACACAAGUACAAAACGAGAUCUUCGAGAAUUGUAUACGAAGCAUUUGCUAGAAAUUUAUUAUCUGGCAUUAUCGGCUAAUCUGGAAAAACAAUUCGUACAUUCGAUCGCGGAAUUAGAUGCAAUUCGCUCAACAUUUUCCCUGCGAAACAUUACCGACGAGUAUUAUAAACAUGUUCUCUAUGGUUUGGCAAUUUCUAUGUGGAUUCUGCCUGCAGUAACUUUUGAUCCCAAUAAUAUCCCAAAUUUGGAUAUGAUAAGCGAAAUGAAUAAGAGCGCAAAAGAAAUCAAGUGUACUCAAAAGUUGACACCAGAAUACCAUUCUCGUCUAAAGGACUUGGCACUGGAGUUCUAUCAAAAUGGCUAUUUAAAUUUUUUGCUCAAUAAUGAUUGAUUUUAAUUUUACUAUAAAUAAUCUAUCGGUUUAACGAUAAUAGGAGGUUGAGAUUAUGGGGCUUAAUGUAUUUUUUUCUUGAACUGACUUAAAUAAAAUAAAAAAUGUAUGUAUA